AUGGCCCCUCAAACCCUCUGUGCCCCCUCCAGCCGCCAGGGCCCUGGGGGGCCCCCUGGGGGCCCCUCUUGGGGGCCCCUAGGGGCCUCUGGUGGGCCCCCCAGAAGGCCCCCCCGGGGUCCUCCCUGGGGGCCCUUGGGGGUGCCGCUUCUGAGCUUGCUGGAGGGGGGCCCCCUGUGGGGGCCUUCUGUGGGGGACCCCCACAGGGGGGCCCCCAAGAACUUUGAGGGGCCCCCCAAGGCCUUAGAGCGGCCCCUCUUUCGCUGCAUUUCUGCUGAAGAUCUGAGACUGGCUUUGUCUCCUCAGGGGGCCCUUGGGCAGCAGCUGAAAAGGGGGGCCCCCUCUUUCUCUUCUGCCUCUUCUUUUAGUACUUGGGAGCUCCCAGGGGCCCCCGAGGGCCCCGGGGGCCCCGAAGACCCCGGGGGCCCCGAGGGCCCCGGGGGGCCCCCCAGGGGCCCCGGGGGCCCCCAGGGUGGAGAGAAGGGCUUUUCGCCCGCAGCUGCAAAACCCCCAAAAGAAAUGAAGCAGCUUUUAGAGCUGCAGCAAGAGCAGGACUCUCCAACAGAGUUUAGUGAUGCAGCAGCAGCAGCAGAAGAAGCAGCAGCUGCAGCUGAAGCAGCAACAGAAGCAGCAGCAGCAGCAGAAGCAGAAGCCUCAACAACAACCGCAGCAUCAACUGCAGCAGCAACAGCACCUGGGUCUGCAGCAGCAGAUCCGUGA